AUGUCGCUGGUGCAGCAUGUCUCUGCUCUCGAAGGCUUUGAUCGCGAGCCCGAUCCAGACGCACCGGAUGACUUUGCGCCCAUUCGCCGUACGAUCAGCUACGAUGUCCUGCAGCCGCCCAGUCAGACUGUCCCUGUCGCCGUGCAGCGCCCAGGAACACCUGCAUACAAGCACUCGGACAUAAAAAGGAUUGUUCAGGUCGCAGUCACAGUUCUCACGUGUUGGAGCGCGUCAGGGAUCGUGUUUGGCUUCGCUGCGCUGAAGCCGGUGCUCGUGGCCGAGGGGGUCUACCAUGAUCGGUGUACUGACGAUGAGUUGCGCGAAGGUAUUCAGCUAUGUUCGCAACAGGAUAUCAAGUAUGCCUUACCCACCUCUGCUCUUCACCUUCGUUAUCUAACGACUCUGAGACUCAACCUGUUCUUCACGAUCGCUUCGAUUACAGCCAAUGUAUCUGCGCUUCCGGUUGGAACUAUUCUCGACCGCUAUGGAUCACGUCUCUGUGGACUCAUUGGCUGCUUUCUCCUUGCCAUCGGCAGCUUGUUCAUGGCAUUCUCGUUCCUCCGACCUCGGUUCCAGGGAUAUAUUGCUGGCAACUUCUUCCUAGCUCUAGCGGGCACGUUUAUCUUUGUUCCCUCGUUCCAGAUUGCCAAUGCAUUUCCAAAAUACGCGGGAACGAUCGUCGCGCUCGUAACUGGUGCAUUCGACGCUUCGGCAGCCGUGUUCCUGUUUUACCGACUCGUCUACGAGACAUCCAGUCGAUUUUCCUCCCCGGCCAAGUUUUUUCUCGGCUAUCUAGCCGUACCUGUGCUCAUCUUCAUCGCACUGGUCACAAUUAUGCCCUCCCGAGAUUAUAACUCAACUCUGCAACUCGAGAGCAAAAUGGAACGUGCAGAGGAUGCCACUCGCGAUGUACAUGAGUCAGAUGAUGACAUUGAAAACGAGGCUGACCUACAGGUAGUACGGAAGAAACGUGCCGCGCACAGAAAGAACAAGAUGCGCCAGAUCGAUGGGGUCCUCGGAGACAAAGACGAGCGACAGCAGCGUGCCGACCGAGAGGAAGAUCGCCAGCAGACCAGCCAGGUCUGGGGUGUCUUGCAUGGACUGCCCGCGUAUCAGCAAAUGGCCACGCCCUGGUUCAUUCUGAUCACACUUCUCACCGUCCUGCAGAUGGUACGAAUGAACUACUUCAUCGCGACCAUCCGGGCGCAGUACGAGUAUAUGCUGGGAUCAGUCGCGCAGGCUGAGAUGAUCAAUAGUGUCUUUGAUAUCGCAUUGCCGGUCGGCGGGGUUCUAUUCACGCCAUUUAUUGGGUUUCUACUUGAUCGACUCAGCGUCCCUGCUAUGCUCGGCCUUAUAGUGGUCUGCACCACCGUGAUUGGGGUGCUGAAUUCUAUCCCGACAGUCUGGGCAGGAUACCUGACAGUUUUCUUUUUUGUUUUGUUGAGGCCCUUGUAUUACUCGGCCAUGUCCGACUACACUACGAAGGUCUUUGGCUUCGCCACUUUCGGCCGAGUUUAUGGAACUAUCAUUUGCUUGUCGGGUCUCGUAAAUUUCUCUCAGUACGGGCUGGAUGCUCUCACUCAUCACAAAUUCAACGGCAAUCCAAUCCCAAUCAAUGGAUUCUUGGCUGUCGCCGGACUGGUCGUGGGUAUUGCUCUUGUCAGCUUCGUCUGUGUGGCAGGCAGGCAGAUGAGAGAGCACGAGGACGUGGACGAAGAGCGCCAAAGAUUGAUCUUGGAAGAGGAUGAUGACGAAUACGACGAACCACAGCGUUGGCGUUAG